AUGCACUCGGGAUCCUCUCAGGGAAGCCUCGUCGGUGGUGGCCGCGAAGCCGCAAGUGGGCGAUCCCGCAAAGCUUCUGGGGAGGGUCUUUGCUCUCUCGGCAGCGGGAACGGCUCUGGGGGGCGGGCGAAGCCGGAAAAAUUAUCGGCGUCUUCGGUACCGAGCGGCAGCCGGCAGAGUGAAGGGACACCACGGGUCCGACGCCCAGGCAGCAAUGCCUCCAACGGCGCCGCCAAAAACUUCUCUCGUGGAAGUCCCAGCGGGGACUUGCAUCAAAACCAAAACCGAGAACUGCAGCGGCAAGGUGGCGGUGGGGUUCGCCACUCUCGUGGGGGGCUGAAACAAAUUUCGAAAGAGGAGAUGGACUCUCUGCUAUUUCGGAAGCCACGCCUGGAGGAUGUGCGUCCUGAUAUGUAUCGCCUCGAUCUUUCACAAAAGAAGGACCUACAGUUUCUCUACGAGGCACAGCAUCGCGUAGAUCCCGAGUUGUUCCCCUUUAAAAAAAACUUAAGCCGCGCUAGGUGGAAGCACAUGCACCAGAGCCAUAUCUUUGACACUGACCCACCGCCAACCCAGCGAGCUUCCGUGGCACCAGCCAAGAAAAAUGACGAUGGACUUGGGACCCUAGCGCGAUUCAUUCUCAACUCUGAGGCACGCGAACCCUCUCCAGUGAGGGGCCGACGCCAUCGCAGCGACAGUGCAGGUAAAACCAAGCUUCGUCUGUUUGACAACAAUUCUAAUGAAGGGAAUUCAAGAAGCGCGUCACCAGCUUUACGAACAUGCGUGCGGCAGGUGCGUUCGAGGCCUGCCGAUAAACUUGGGGGUGAUCUGCGCGUGCGGAACUCACUGGAUGAGGCUGGAUUAACUCCCCGCGGUAUCCGCAGUAAGGAGGCUGUGCAGAAGUUUGAGUCUACUCAGCCCCAGCUCACGCUGCCCCCGCGGAAGCCUCGUCAACUCCGUGCGAGGGCCACACGAAGCUUCUCAGCUUCGGAUAAUGACAUCUUUGGCGUCAGGAAACGACGGGAACACAUGAUGGGAAAAACCCGUUCAUUUUCCUCUGCCCGCAGCAGCGAACCGUACGGUUCCGAGUCCCCUGAGGGAACCGCAAGCCGGCGAGCGUUGUCGCUGAGAAGUGCAAGUCUCCGUGGUGAAAAGAGGAGCAACAGUUCCAAGGAUCGGCGUACUACCUCGCCCUUUGGUGAAGAAAAACCACGUAACGGCGGCACACCAACACGCCGUCACGAACGUCAUCGUGGAGGUUCGUUUUCCACUCGUCCCGAAAGCGUUGCCUCCUCUUCUACUUUGCUGACCUCGAGUUACGUGCCGUCUUCACGUGGAACCAACAGCGAGAGGCAUCACCAUAAGAAGGAUGCCAGCAGAAGGCGGCGUGCCGCUACUUCUGCUUCGCAGGUGUCCAGUGCAGCGUCGGUAUUUACUGAAAACGAAGAAAAUUUGUCAUCGCCUCGUCUUUUGCCGGCUGCAAGGACGGGCCGCGCGCGUGUGCCAGGCCGCUCAAUUACAAAAUCCAAUGUUGUCUUUGGUGGGGGCCAGGUGCCGGAUACAGCACGGAGUACACAUCGCAGACUUCAGCACGAGUCUCCUCAGAUGCAUGGUAUCCUAUCUUGGAACUAG